AUGAAAAAUAUGGAUUCAAUGUGGAAAAGCAGCGUUUGGUCCUCUUGCAUCGCUUCUUGUGUGGCUGCGAAAUUCUUGGCUCCCGAUGGUAUUCUGGUACUCACAGGAGCGCAGGCAGCGCUUGAGGGAACUCCUGGUCCAAAAUUAAACACUUCUGCUUGCGCCACUCUAACCGGCACAGAAAGUGGCACUUUUCGGCGGACAAUUUCUAUGCAUGCGCAAUACAUGAAACCACCACAGAUUUCAGUGAUAGACAAUUUUCGUUUGAAGUUCCCGUUAUACGAUCGAAAUCUUGUCUUUGUGGAUUCUUCCUCCCCACCUGCCCUAGCUAUGCUUCUGAGACAGCCGUUCAGCUGUAGCACCCUUCCGGUGCCUAGCUGCCAUGCCACCCGAAGGAAGCACGAGGGCUGGGAUACUGCCAGGUUGCCCAAGCCUAGACAGGGGAAGUCGAGUGGCGGAGGCGCUCUAACACUUCGGCCAUCUCGCCCCAUGGCACAACCGUACAGCAAAAUAGCCCCAAUCUACACGUCCUUUGAGAUUCGAAGAUAG